AUGACGAUUUUGAACAAGUUUUUUGGCAAAUCAAACAACAAACAAACACCUGAAGAUGAGAUCCAACAACUCGGAUUUGAAAUAAGCAACUGCUCACAAACAUGCGACGACUGCACUGCCAAAUUCCCCAAAUCGUUAACAUUUGAAGAGUCAGAACCACUAUGGCACUCCACGAAACCGUUUGGGUUGCAUUUGAACGUAUCUACAGGAAGGAUCGAUUGGCCUCAUGAUGCUACGGGGACUCCAAACACCUUGUCUCAUGCAGUCGCGUCAUGGGCGUCCAAGCAUAGUAAAAGCAAUGAUGCAUCACCGUCGUCGUCAUCGUCGUCGUUAGGUACUAUUAAAGUUACGUGUUCUUCAUUUGCUGGUGAGGAGAUGUUUUCCAAUGAUGACUAUAUAAAUGAACAAAUGGGUGAUGUAUUGGUAUUGCCGUAUUUCCUAUGGAUCAAGGGCUUGAAAAUCUCCGAUGUGGAUAAAGUAAUGACCAAAUUGGUGCACAUCCUCUCAACCACUGAUCAUGAAAAUUUACAAGUGAGUGACAUCCAACAACAAAUACCACAAAUCAUACCCGAUACGAAUAAAGCCUAUAUCCUCUUGUGCUCGCAUCGUACUAGAGACAAGAGAUGUGGAGUAACUGCACCAAUAAUGAAGAAGGAAAUGGAAUUGUAUUUGCGAGAAUUGGAUUUGUAUCGAGAUAUGUGUGAUUCAUCUCCCGGCGGAGUCCAAGUUGGAUUUAUAAAUCAUGUUGGUGGACAUAAAUAUGCUGCCAAUGUCAUUAUAUACUUGAAACUGUCGGGGAAAAACAUUUGGUUGGCCUUGUGCAAGCCCAAUAAUGUGAGGCCGAUUAUAGAUGAGUGUAUAUUGCAUGGUGGUAAAGUUUGGCCGGAAAAGGUGCGAUUGGUUCAGAAAUUCGAUCCAAUAGAGUGGUAG